GGUUUCCACAACUUCACCUUCCUGCUUUCCCUCUCUCUUCUGCUCUCUGUUCUAAUCGGGUUUCCUCCUCCUUUCCUCAAGGCAGCUGCAUCCUCGGUGACUGCUCAGACCAUUCUCUCGGCUCAGGCAGGGGCUGCGAAUGUGGGCUCUGUCUGGAUCUGUGAGCUUCACCUACAGAAAGAGGACCUUUAUCUCAGCUCUUCUGCCAGGACAAAGCACAAAAUGCAGCCUGUGUCCCUACACAGCCUUUCGGAGUUGGAAAGAGCCAGUCUGCAAGAGCUAGCCCUGUACCAGCUGCAGGAGAAGCUGCUUGUUGGACAUCUCAGCUUGGCUAAAGUUGGACCUAAAGGCAGUAAAUCUAUCCGCCAGAAACUGGAGAGCUUUUCAAAGGAGAAGAAAGACUAUUCUCCUCAGACUUUUGGGAUCCCACUUUUCCAAGUCAUUGCCAAUGAUCGUGCAUACAAGCAACUGCAAGAAACUGUGAAGAGUAGCCGCCGGCUGUGCUUGGAGGUGGAAGCAACAGUGACAAACUUUCGGGCUCAGAUGCAGAAGAGGUCCCCACUGGGCAGGAGCUGUUGGCUGGUACCUUGUGAGAUGUUCCCUGAAGAGCCUCUUUCCCCAGCUUUUCUUGACCACAGCUCUUCCUGGAGUCAGAGAAGGGGGGCAAUGUCCGUGGACUCCAUCGCCGAUUUGAGUGACAACAGUUCCAAGCUGCUGGAGGCCCUGCAGUUGUCACACCCCCACGAGCUGGAUCCACGGAGAAACCUGGGCAAGAAAAAGAUGUUAAGCCUCAACCCCAUCACCUGGCAGGUCCCACGGAUUGUGGACAGAUGUUGCAAACAUAUUGAAACAUACGGUCUCCAAACAGUGGGCAUCUUCCGAGUUGGGAGCUCCAAGAAAAGAGUUCAGCAGCUGAGAGAAGAGUUUGACCAAGGACUGGAUGUUUUCUUGGAUGAACAUCAAAGCGUUCAUGACGUGGCUGCUCUGCUCAAAGAGUUUCUUCGGGACAUGUCAGAUUCGUUGAUUCCCAGAGAGCUCUACGCAGCCUUCCUCAGCACAGCCUCCAUGGAAGUCCCGGCACAGCUGGUUGUGCUCCAGCUGCUGCUCUUCGUGCUGCCCCCCUGCCACAGUGACACGCUGCACCGCCUUCUGCGGUUCCUCAGCAAGGUGGCCCAGCACGCCAAGAGCUCCCGGGGCCCCAGUGGCCAGGAGAUUCCUGGGAAUAAAAUGACAGUUUCAAAUUUGGCCACAGUCUUUGGUCCCAACAUACUGCAGAAAGAGAAGCCUGGAGAAAAAGAUGCUGGUGCUAUGAACUUUGAAGACAGCACUGCCAUCAUACUGGUAGUUCAGAGGUUGAUUGAACAUUACCAGACCCUGUUCAUGGUCUCUCCAGAAAUGCAGCAUGACAUCUUAAGAAGACUGUUUCAGACAGACCCUGACGUCAUUGACUACCUUUUGCGCAGGAAAUUCAAUACUGUGCUGAGCACAGAAAAUGAGAAUUUGACAGAGGAGUAUGCUCCAGUCCCACUGUCGGAUCAGGCCCUGGAAAGCAACUCUCUCUCAUCAGAAUUUUACAGCAAUAUCUCAUUCCUAAACCUGGAUGUUGACAUCUAGUAAGCCUGGGCCAGGCCCUCUGCGCUGCCUUCCAUGGACAAAACUGUGCAACAUUUCUACCACAAGAAUAAGUUCUCUAUCCCACUUUGGAGGAGUGAAGAGAUGAAGGGUGUAUAAAUGUUUGUGGGAGCAUCUUUGCUAGCAGUAGGCAUGCCAAAAUGUUUUGGUGUCGGCAGACCUGCAGCAGGAGAUGUGUUUGCUUGUUGCCAGCAGGAAGGGUUUCUACAGCUUAUUGCUAGACGGCAGCAAAGAAACCUGCGUGCUUGUGCCUGUAUGGCUUUGUAGGCAGUGGCGUGCAUAGGUGAGAGUGC